UAUGAUGAUAAAGAAGUGUUGAAUGAUCCGAAUGGUAAACCACCAAUAUUUGGUGCGAAAUUCCAUUUUUCACUUGAUACUCAGGUGAAUUGCCCCGAAUACCUCGUGCACUUUCCUGUUCUGGAGAGGUUAGUUAACUUUGGUACUUUGUCGAAGUCUGAAUGGGAAGUAACGGCGAUGUAUUUGGUGUUCGCUUUUCGAAAGAAGAACAAUGCAAAAUUGUGA